ACUCCCCAUGAUCGAACCAUGGCCUUCCUGUGGAUCCUCUCCUGCCUUGCCUUCGCCGGCGCUGCCUACGGGUGCGGCACUCCCGCCAUCCCUCCCGUCAUCACUGGUUACUCUCGCAUCGUGAACGGUGAGGAGGCGGUGCCUCACUCCUGGCCCUGGCAGGUGUCCCUUCAGGAUUACACCGGCUUCCACUUCUGCGGCGGCUCUCUGGUCAAUGAGAACUGGGUGGUGACAGCUGCUCACUGCAAUGUCAAGACGUACCACCGUGUGAUCCUCGGAGAGCACGACCGCUCCUCCACCGCUGAGGACAUUCAGGUCAUGAAGGUUGGCAAGGUGUUCAAGCAUCCCCGCUACAACGGCUACACCAUCAACAAUGACAUCCUGCUGAUCAAGCUGGCUAGCCCCGCCCAGAUGAACAUGCGUGUUUCCCCUGUGUGCGUGGCCGAGACCGGAGACAACUUCCCUGGAGGCAUGAAGUGCGUGACCAGCGGUUGGGGCCUGACCCGCCACAAUGCUCCUGACACCCCCGCCCUGCUGCAGCAGGCCGCCCUCCCCCUUCUGACCAAUGAUCAGUGCCGUCGUUACUGGGGCAACAAGAUCAGCAACCUGAUGAUCUGUGCCGGCGCCUCUGGAGCCUCCUCCUGCAUGGGCGACUCUGGCGGUCCUCUGGUCUGUCAGAAGGCCGGAGCCUGGACUCUGGUUGGAAUUGUGUCCUGGGGCAGUGGAACCUGCACUCCCACCAUGCCCGGCGUGUACGCCCGUGUCACUGAGCUGCGUGCCUGGAUGGACCAGACCAUCGCCGCCAACUGAGCGUGUCGGACUUGACAGCUUCCUUUUUCAACCUGAUCAUCAAUAAACCACUCAACUCUGAGCCA